AUGACAUCGAAACGAAGGGUAUGCUACUAUUUCCAUCAUGAUAUGCACAACUUCCACUACGGGCCCAGGCAUCCGAUGAAACCGCAGAGACUGGCUGCCCUGCACAGUCUGGUCGUCAAUUAUGGCCUGCACAAAGAGAUGCUGGUCCUUUCGCCACCACGCGCUUCCGCAACUGAAAUCGAACGCUUUCAUUCCAAGGAUUAUGUGGAUUUUCUGCAGCGUGUUUCACCGCGUACCGCAGAUCAGUUCGAAAGCGUCUUUUCGCAGUACAACAUUGGCGAAGAUUGUCCAAUCUUUGAUGGCAUUUUUGAUUUUUGCUCCAUUUACACGGGAGCUACUUUAAGCGGCGUGGCUCGUUUGAACCACGGUCUGAGCGAUAUCGCAAUUAAUUGGAGCGGAGGGCUUCAUCAUGCAAAGAAGCGAGAGGCAUCAGGCUUCUGCUAUGUUAAUGAUAUUGUUAUUGGAAUUUUGGAAUUGUUGAAGUAUCAUCCACGGGUGCUGUACAUUGAUAUUGAUAUUCAUCAUGGCGACGGUGUUCAGGAAGCAUUUUAUUUGACAGAUCGCGUGAUGACUGUUUCGUUUCAUAAAUAUGGUAAUUAUUUUUUCCCUGGGACAGGCGAUAUGUACGAUGUUGGCCAGGAUACGGGUCGUUAUUUUUCUGUGAAUGUUCCCAUGAAGGAGGGCAUGGACGAUGAAAAUUACCACUCACUGUUCAAGCCAAUAGUACGAGCGGUCAUUGAGUGUUACAAUCCAUCCGUCAUUGUGUUGCAGUGUGGCGCCGAUUCGUUGGGUUGCGAUCGCCUUGGCUGCUUCAAUCUUAGCUUUUCGGGCCACGGGUGCGUGAACAUCUUCAUGGUCUUGUUCUUUGAGAAUUUUGCUUAUUGCACUUUUACCUGCUGCCUUCUUGGUUCUAUAAUAUGGAAAAUCAGUAUUAGCUAG